AUGGCUACGACGAAAAUGCAAUCGCCUCUGAGUCUUCUCAGAGGUUCCGCCCCUCUCAAUCGCUCCCUCCACGCCUCCGUCUUCCACGCCGCACAACGAUCCUCGGCCCUCGUCCUUUCGCGCCAUGCGUCAUCAGCCGCUUCGACCUCGACCACUUCCACACCUGCGCAAACACCACAGCUCUCAUGGGAUGAGUUCCUCAAGCUUCGCCGUACUCGUCGCUUCAUCAACCUUGGCUCCUCUGCCCUGAGCGGUGCUACGACUGUCGGUAUUGCCGUCCCGGUUUUCGCCGAAUUUGAAAUCGAGAACAUUGGCGCUCAGAUGACUGGUCUGGAUCCCAUGUUCAUCAUCGGUGGUAGCUUGAUGGGUGUCGGUGCUGUUGGUUGGUUGCUAGGUCCCUUCUUGGGAACUGCCUUUUUCAACAUCUGGAAGGGAAGCGUGAGGAAAGAGUUUGCCAGGAAAGACAAGGAUUUCUACUCACACAUCAAGAGAUUCCGUGCCGAUCCUGCAAGCUCAUCUGUCAACAACCCCGUCCCCGACUACUACGGAGAGAAGAUCAGCAGUGUCGCCGACUACAGGCGAUGGCUGAAGGAUCAGAGAGCCUUUACAAGAAAGAAGAACAAGAACCUGCUCUAA